AUGUCCUCCCCUCUCCCAAUCGUGCUCUGUGCCCAAGACGCUGGGAUCGGUAAGCCGGCUUCGGAGCUCCUCCUCCCCGAAUUUGAAGUAAUCCAUUUCAUCCAAAGCCUGCCAGCGGCACAAUCCGAAAUUCCCCACCUCCUCGCAGGCCGGGAUCCCCAAUCCCCUCACGUCAACAACGUCGGCACAAAAGACUACAGCCGGCCUGCGCGUGCAAUUAUUUUCGGUCGUGGCUUUGAUCUGGAGGAUAUCGAGGCCUUGCGCGAGAAUGUCGCUGGCAUCUCGCAAGACCCGGUUCUUUGGAUCGCUGGUGACCCAAGUCGCAAGCCUCCUCCUGACGCUGUUCUACCACCUAACAUCCACCAACUUGUUGCUGGUAUUGCGCGGAAAUUGCUUAGUGGAUGGGUUGAGGCUGGAGCUGCUAGUAAUGAGGUUAUUUUGUACUAG